AUGGGUGCAGCUGCCAAAGAGCGACUUGCAAUCACAGCAGCUGAUCGGGUUCUGGUCUCCAUCACGCUCUGCCAUGCAUUUGGCAUUGGCUCUGCGGUCAGUAGCGCCUGGUUGGCAGGAGCGGGCCUGGUGCUGCCAGGUGCCAGUGGCAUCCGCGGGUGUGGCAGCCCCAGCCAGCGAGCAGAGGCCACUUUGGCCGCGAUGGUCUCGCACAAAUGUAGCUUGUUGUUUGCGGACAUCCACACGCUGAAAGCUUUGCCGACACCAUCUGGCCAGUUGCAGCUGCGCGGUGGCGUUUGCAAGGUGGGCAGCGGAGCGGAGUUUUUGGACCUCCGAGAGGCUAAGCUGGGGCCCAACGGCGAGAUGAGGCCAUUGGAGUACGCGGGCGUUCCGCUGGUGGCCAUCGGAAAAAGGUAG